AUGUCCAAAGGCGCAGCCUUCGAGCAGGUGCGACUGAUUCUAGGGCUUGAUUUUGGAACAACUUUCUCAGCCAUUUGCUUUGCCACCAGCACCACGACUGAUCUUCGGGAGAUCCACACCUUCACAGCUUGGCCUGGUAGCUGUGAACAAGCCGGCGAACACUAUGUGAAGACACCGUCUCGAAUUGCAUACGCUGAUGAGAACCCGGGUAAUGACGACAACGACGGUUUGGCUUCUGAUGCGGUUGGAUAUGAAGUUGAGGCUGGGCAGCGCUCCUACAGUUGGUUCAAGCUUCUUCUCGACAUGGAUGCACUGUCAUCGGACUAUGAUGAUCCUGAGCUCAAGCUGAGGCGAUCCGAAGGACUUAUGUGCCUGCCUGCGGACAAGUCCGCCAAGGACGUAACUACUGACUACCUUCGUGGUCUGUACCAGAUUUGCCAAGAACGACUCAAUCGUAAAUUCGGGAAUGGGAGACUGGCCUCUCGGCUCCGCUAUCCUGUGGACGUCUGGCUGACAGUACCCGCUACCUGGUCUGAAAAGGCCAAGCUGCUUACCCAGAUAGCAGCUCAGGAUGCAGGUUUCGCCAGCCACCCAGGUGAUAGGAUGUUUCUGAUUCCCGAACCCGAGGCCGCAGCACUGGCAGCACUGAAGUCUACUAUUUCGGAAAUCAAUGAUCUUAUCCAGGUUGGAGAUCAUGUUCUCAUCUGCGACUGUGGUGGUGGUACAGUGGACAUCACCACAUAUAAUGUUCUGUCGACCGAACCAGCAUUGGAGCUCGAGGAGCUGCUUGUGGGCAUUGGUGCCAAGUGCGGUUCGACAACGAUCGAUCGCAGCAUGAACAAACUGAUGGCAGAACGGUUCGGAGACGCCUUCACAAGUCUUGGUGAGCGUCGUACGGGCCUUGGCAGCCAUUUUAUGUCCACAUUCGAGAACAUCAAGAAGGGCUUCAGCCUUGUGAGGGCUAAGAAGCGCCCCAACCGCAUCCCCCUCAAAAUGCGAAAUGUAUCAGCAGAGGCGAUCGCCAGUAAUCAUUAUGAUUCGGACUUGGACGCGGUGCUUUUGAGCACUGACGAUAUCAAGAGCCUCUUCGAUCCUGUCAUCGACAAUAUUACUGGGCUUCUCAGCGAUCAGAUCACCAAAGUCGAAGAGGAUGUGAAGGGCAAGAAGAUGAAGGUCAUACUGGUGGGCGGUUUUGCGUCAUCGCCUUACUUGUGCGAGAGACUCGAGGUCUUUCUGGAGGGAAGGAAUGCAAGGCUCGUUACGCCUAUGAAGGAUGCCUGGUCGGCCAUCGCUCGGGGCGCCGUCAUCAGGGGUCUCGAGGGAGAAGCGGUGAAGCAGCGCAAAUGCCGCCGUCAUUAUGGUUUUGAAAUCAGCAAGCACUACCAACAUAAGCUCCACAAAGACUUUGAUAAGUCUCUGCGUCGUACUUGGAUAGAUAAAUUUGAUGGUUCCAAGUGUCUCACCGGAUUUCUGGCCUGGGAAGUGAACAAGGGGUCAAUCGUGACCAAGCAGACGGAGAUUCGAUACAGCCUUGAGGUAACGGGGGAGGCAGGCGAACCCCUGUUUUCCAGUCUGGAUCUUUACGCUUGUAGUGCUGAUUCUACGCCCGAGACCAUUGAAGACACCAGUGCGGAAAAGGUUGGUUGUGUUACGUACACUCUUAAAGAUCUGGACGUCAGCCAGCUACGCUCCAAGAUUGGGCCCGGCAGAAUACGGCGGUAUCAAGCGGACUUGACCAUAGUCAUUCGGAUGGGGGACGCUGCCGGGCUACUGACCUUCAAGGUCCUCUGCCAGGGUGCAGAGGUUGGAACCGCACAGCUGGACAUCUCCAGUGACUGA